GCUGCUGCUGCGCCUGCGCGGGCGGAGGUGCGCGUCCCCCUUGGAGGGCAGGUUACCAGAAUCUAAAUGGCUCUCUGGAGUGGGCAGUUUGGUUUAUCUCUAACCAAUCUGGGCAGCGCAGUGACCCAGCGACACUUCAGUGUCACUGGAGCAUGCCAAGCAAUACAGAAACUCACCCGUGUGCGAGUGGUGGACAACAGCGCCCUGGGGAACACGCCCUACCACCGACCACCGAGAUGUAUCCACGUGUAUAACAAGAAUGGUGUUGGCAAAGUGGGAGAUAAGAUUCUCUUGGCUAUCAAAGGAGAAAAGAAGAAGGCUUUAAUUGUAGGGCACAAGAUGCCUGGCCCCCCCAUGACGCCUAGGUUUGAUUCCAACAAUGUGGUACUGAUAGAAGACAAUGGAAAUCCAAUAGGGACUAGAAUAAAAACACCAAUACCUUAUAGCUUGCGACAGAGAGAAGGAGAGUUCUCCAAAGUACUGGCUAUUGCCCGUAACUUUGUGUGAAAGCUGGCAAUCUUUUCAUACAGUAGCAGCUGCGGCCCUUUCCUAGAAGCUGGUGUAAAAGUUGAGGUUCAUAAGAAGUCUUUUCCUGUUACAGAAUUAAAAGCAACUAUUUUAAGUGUUGAAACAUCUUUCUCUUUUUUAAUUCCAAAAGAAUGUUGAUUUAUUUCACAGAACAUCUACAGAGUGUUUGGGAAAUGGUCCUUCACCCUUACUGCUACAGUGGUCUUACUGUCUCUAAUUAAAAAGAGAACAUGAAAAUC